AUGCUGCGGACGCACUGUCAGACCUCAGGGUGGUCGCUCACCGAACAGGACCCCUACAACAACAUCGUCCGCACGACGGUGGAGGCGCUGGCGGCCGUUUUUGGCGGCACCCAGUCCCUGCACACGAACUCCUUUGACGAGGCGCUGGCGUUGCCCUCUCGCUUCAGCGCUCGCAUCGCCCGCAACACGCAGAUCAUCAUCCAGGAGGAGACGGGCAUUCCCAAGGUGAUCGACCCCUGGGGCGGCUCCUACAUGAUGGAGUCGCUGACUGAUGAGCUGUAUAACGAGGCGAUGGCCAUCAUCGAGGAGGUGGAGGAGAUGGGCGGCAUGGCGAAGGCAGUGGCGGAGGGGUUGCCGAAGAUGCGCAUUGAGGAGUGCGCCGCGCAGAAGCAGGCGCACAUUGACUCGGGAGAGGAGGUCAUUGUCGGUGUGAACAAGUACCGACUGGAGAAGGAGGAGCCGAUUGACGUGCUGGUGGUAGACAAUAUGAAGGUGCGGGAGAGUCAGAUUGCAAAGAUUGAGGCCAUCAGGGCCAGUCGGGACAAGGCCGCCUGUGAGCAGGCGCUGGCGGAGCUGACGGAGGCGGCUCGCAGCGGUGGAAAUGUCCUCGAGAAGGCGGUGCAGUGCGCCAAGCUGCGCGCCACUUUGGGCGAGAUUUCCAAUGCCAUGGAGGCGGUCUUUGGGCGGUUUGUUGCCGCGGAUCGACUGGUCAGCGGCGCCUACUACAACUCCUACUCGCACACCGACGAGCUGAAGGCCAUUCAAGAGAAGAUCAAGGGAUUCGAGGCGGUGGAGGGUCGGCGGCCGCGUAUACUGGUGGCGAAGAUGGGCCAGGAUGGGCACGACCGAGGGGCGAAGGUGAUUGCCACCGGGUUCGCCGAUGUGGGCUUUGACGUCGAUCUGGGGCCGCUCUUUCAGACGCCGGAGGAGGUGGCACAGCAGGCGGUCGAUGCUGAUGUGCACUGCAUCGGCGUCAGCUCACAGGCGGCCGGCCACAAGACGCUGGUGCCCAUGCUGACUGACUCGCUGAAGAAGUUGGGCAGAGAAGACAUUAAAAUCAUCGUCGGCGGCGUCAUUCCCCCGCAGGACUACGAUUUUCUCUACGAGCACGGCGCGGCGGCCAUCUUUGGCCCCGGAACGCGCAUCCCAGUGGCCGCCAUUGAGGUCAUUGACGUCAUUAAGAAGGGAAAGUCCAGAGCAGAGGCGACGGCCAACUAA